CGUGCGAGGGAAGUUAAUUGCUUUCACAAUCAUAGGUUUCAAACAUCAUCACAGAGUGGUGAUUAUGCUCAGUUUUACAACGUGGUCGCCAAAAAUAAUGGUAAUGUAACAGGCCGUCUGGAAUUCAAAAUGCAAGCUCACUGCGAUAUUGAUUAUACCAAUUUCCCGGAUGAUCACAUGAACUGUUGUUUCCGGAUGAAAUCAGUUCUUUAUCCACAUUACAUCCGAUACUAUCUUGCGCAAGGAGAAAGUACGCGUUUUAAUUAAUA